UCCUGUAGAAACGCGGUCUUAAUGUUGGUAAUUCUGAUAACUUUAAUAUUGGCAACACAUAACUUAGGAUUUGGUUGGCGUUUGUAUUUUACAUUUUUAUUAAAGGUUUAAGGUUAUUUCCAUCGUAUAUCCAAACAUUAUUUAUUCAGCGGCUUAAUUAAUGUGACCAAGUCCUACGCUGUUGUUCUUAAAAUGGGAAGAUCAAAUGGAAGGGCCAGGAGCAGAACACCCGAACGUAGACGGCGUAGGUCUCGCAGCAAAGAUAGGGAGAAGUCCAAGUCUUCGCGGUACAAAAGAAGUAGAUCGCGAGACAGACGGAGUCGUUCAAGGGACCGACGGAGCCGGUCAAGAGAUAGGCGCGACAGACGAUCAUAUAGUCAUGAAAGGGAUCGCAGGCGAGGUGAGAGCAAGGAAAAACGGAUGAAAUCGCGCAAACGUGACAAGUCGAGGUCUCGUUCCCCCAAAGAGUCUAAGAAGUCGGACGAUCAUUCUCACAUGUCGUACGAUCGAACAAAUUUGGAUAAGGAGGAAGAGCAGAGAAAAUUGGAAUUGGAGAUGCAGAAACGGAGAGAGCGCAUCGAACGAUGGCGCGCCGAACGUAAGAAGAGGGAGCAGGACGCGAUAAAGAAGGAGGGUCAAAAGUCGGCCGCCGUGCCGCAGGGCACUGCCAAGAAAUGGUCGCUCGAGGAUGACUCUGAGGACGAAGAGAAGAAUGAUAAGUCGGAAAGGGAGGAUGUUGAAAUGAAAGAAGAAGAAGCAGAGGUCGAGGAGGAGAAACAGAAAGAGAAAGAUGAGGAGGAGAAGGAGGAAAAAGAGGAAGUGGAACAAAAGCCUGACAUUCCACGCUACGAUGACAUUGAUCCUUUAGAUGCCUACAUGUUAGGCGUCCACGAGGAAGUGAGACAGAUACAUUCAUUAGAUUUAAAGCGAACAACAAAAGUGGACUCAAACGUGCCCAAAGGAAUGGUCAUCGUAACCGGCGUCGCAAAAUCGAAGGUGUCCAAGAAUAAAGGCGAAUUGAUAGAACAAAAUCAAGACGGCCUUGAAUAUUCCUCCGAAGAGGAACAAGAAGACUUGAAGGAUACGGCCGCAAAUAUCGCCAACAAACAGCGAAAGGAGCUGAUUAAGAUUGAUCAUAAUCACAUAUCGUAUUUACCAUUUCGAAAGAGCUUUUACGUUGAGGUUCCUGAGAUCGCGCGGAUGACGCAGGAAGAUGUGGACGCGUACAAGGAGGAAUUGGAGGGAAUCCGAGUGAAAGGUAAAGGGUGUCCAAAACCUAUUAAGACAUGGGCACAAUGCGGCGUGUCCACUAAGGAACUCAACAUUUUAAAAAAAUUGGGCUUCGAAAAACCAACUCCGAUUCAAACGCAAGCCAUACCCGCAAUCAUGUCAGGUCGCGACCUGAUUGGAAUCGCUAAGACUGGUAGCGGAAAAACUUUGGCCUUUCUGCUACCGAUGUUUCGACACAUACUCGACCAGCCCGCCUUGGAGGAGACCGACGGUCCGGUGUCGAUUAUAAUGACGCCGACUCGCGAAUUGUGCAUGCAAAUUGGGAAGGACAUUAAACGGUUUACGAAGAGUUUAAAUUUACACGCCGUCUGCGUGUACGGGGGAACAGGAAUUUCGGAACAGAUCGCCGAACUGAAAAGAGGAGCCGAAAUAAUCGUAUGCACGCCGGGCAGAAUGAUAGAUAUGUUGGCGGCGAACGGUGGAAAAGUGACUAAUUUGCGGCGUGUUACGUAUAUCGUCUUAGAUGAAGCUGAUCGCAUGUUCGACAUGGGAUUUGAACCUCAGGUAAUGAGAAUAAUAGAUAAUGUUCGACCUGAUAGGCAAACUGUUAUGUUUAGUGCAACAUUUCCGCGACAGAUGGAAGCACUUGCAAGACGAAUACUGCAGAAACCUAUCGAGGUGCAGGUCGGCGGGCGAUCUGUCGUCUGCAAGGAUGUCGAACAGCAGGUCGUCGUGUUGGAGGAAGAGCAGAAGUUUUUAAAGCUAUUAGAGUUGUUAGGAUUGUAUCAGGAGCACGGCAGUAUCCUUGUGUUUGUAGAUAAACAAGAAAAUGCGGAUAUUCUACUGAAAGAACUGAUGAAGUCGGGUUACAAUUGUAUGAGUUUGCACGGCGGUAUCGAUCAGUUCGAUCGAGAUUCUACAAUAGUCGAUUUUAAAUCGGGGAAAGUGAAGCUUUUAAUCGCGACGUCGGUUGCGGCGCGCGGUCUCGACGUGAAACAGUUGAAUUUGGUUGUGAAUUACGAUUGCCCCAAUCACUAUGAAGACUACGUGCACCGUUGCGGGCGAACAGGGAGGGCUGGAAAUAAGGGAUUUGCUUACACCUUCAUUACUCCGGAACAGGAGAGGUACUCUGGCGAUCUCAUUAGAGCAUUUGAGCUGGCUACGGUGACGGUUCCUGAUUCGUUGCGCCAGCUUUGGGAUAAAUAUAAAUCGAAGCAGGAGUUGGAGGGUAAAAAAGUUCAUACCGGUGGCGGGUUCAGUGGAAAGGGUUUCAAGUUUGACGAAACGGAAGCUGCCGCCAUUAAUGAACGUCGCAAAUUCCAGAAGGCUGCCUUGGGCUUGCAAGAUUCGGACGAUGAAGAUCUCGAGCACGAUAUUGAUCAACAAAUCGAAAGUAUGUUCGCGACCAAGCGUACCGUUAAGGAAAUAAAAGCACCUCUUGGUAUAAUAAAUCCGAGUCUUGGCGGUCACAAUUCGGCGAUGGAUAAAUUGGAACUGGCGAAACGGCUGGCCUCCAGGAUUACGCUUACGAAGAGUCACGGCGGCGAUACGAAGUUCGCGACGCAGCAGGCUGCCGAAUCGAUUCUCAAGGGUAGCGGUAGCCAUCCGCUGAUCACGGCCAAAACGGUGGCGGAGCAGCUCGCCGCCAAGCUCAACACCAAAUUGAACUAUCAACCGAAGGACGACGACGAUCGACUCGACGACGACAACGAGCACACGUUUAGGAAGUACGAGGAGGAGUUGGAGAUCAACGACUUCCCGCAGCAGGCCAGGUGGAGGGUUACGUCUAAGGAGGCUUUGGCGCAAAUAUCCGAGUACUCGGAGGCGGGAAUAACGGUACGUGGGACCUACGUUCAACCUGGGAAGUCGCCGCCCGAAGGUGAACGCAAGCUAUACCUUGCAAUUGAAAGUACGAGUGACAUCGCCGUGACGAAAGCCAAAGCCGAAAUUACGAGGUUAAUUAAAGAAGAACUACUCAAACUUCAAACCGCCGGUCAUCACACGUUCAAUAAAGCUAGAUAUAAGGUUCUGUAGUAAACUCCUUUGUGAAAUGUGGUAUGUAGUGUAAGUGUGUCAUUAAACCUUUUCAUUUUCAAACACUGUUGACAAAAAGUGAUAGUCUUAUGUAAAAUGUAAAAAAAUGGUUUCUAUUCAUGCUCUUUGUAUAGACAAGCACUUAUACAGAUCAAAAUAUAAUUCAGUAUCUUCCACUUUGUAUUGAAGUGAUUGUAAUUCGUUGGCCUUGGUCAACUAAAAAAUAUCGAUAUCGUUGUCAUCAUGGUACAACAAAUGUCGUAAAUAAAAGUUUGCCAAAA